AUCUUUGAUAGGAACUAUUCUGUGUGCACAGAGAGCUCUGGUGUAAGAGUCACAGCCAUUUUUUUACUUUGGUAAAACAUUAACGUGAUUUAUCCCCAUGAAAGGGGAAAGGUUUCAGAAGAAAGAUCAACAAAGUAACGGUCAUUUGUGAGGAAAGCUCAGAAAUGAGGGCUUCUUUGAAACUCAUCUGCUUCACCUUUUGGAUUUUUUCUUUUACUUUUGCACAAGAUCAAAAAUGUCACCGAAAAGACAUCACAGUGGAAAACAUGGAACCACUUGACCAAGAAACCUAUGCUCCUGAGGAAAAAGUGAGAGUUAACUGCAUGCAAGGCUACACUGGCAUGAUAAGAUAUCAAUGUAAAGGAGGUAAAUGGCAACUGGCGACGAAACAAGAUCAAUGCGCAAAGAAAAAAUGCGGUCAUCCCGAGGACACACCAAACGGCGAUUUUAGUCUCCUAGAGGGGAACACAGAGUUUGUUUUUGGAGCAACAGUACAAUACACCUGCAAGAAAGGGUAUGAAAUGGCAAACCGAAUUUCUCAGCGAACUUGCAGGGUCAAUGGGUGGGAUAAUAUUGUCCCUGUUUGUGAGGCGGUGAAAUGCCCAUCGAUCUCCGAAGAUGAAGAAUUAACAAUAUCGGGCAACACAGAAGAUGCAACGUACAAUGAUUAUAUUAAUUUUGAAUGCGUGUCUCCGAACAAAAAGAUAGAUCGAGAGGAAAAGCACAUUCAUUGCAAUGAGAAAGGCGAAUGGAGUCAACCUCCUCCGAAGUGUAUAGAGAUAACAUGCACAGUACCUGACAUACCACAUGGGACUGUUGAGUUAGACAAAGUGUACAAGAAAGAUGACACGCUAGAAUACAAAUGUGAUAGGGGAUACAAACCCAGACAGGGAACACCAAGAUGCAACAAGUUCGGAUGGAGUCUGAAGCCAGAGUGUGAAGAAAUAACCUGUGAACUCAAGGAAACAAAAUAUGGAAUACAAGCAAUUGAACCCGAGGGAAAAACUUUCUUUCGAGCUGGAGAAACUGUGAAAAUUAUCUGCUCUGAAAGAUUCAGGAUAUUCUGGACAAAAGAAAGCACACAAACAUUUAAAUGUCAAAAUGAUGGGCAAUGGGACAACAAUCCUACUUGUGAGGAGAUUAGAUGUGAAAUUCCACGCGACAGUCGUCUUUAUUAUGCAAGUGACUCGUUCUACGGCAAUAUGAAAUUGGAUGUGAGAAGAUCUUACAGGUGUUUGUCUGGAUAUCGUCAAAUGGCAGCCGUGGCCACAUGUACAAGAGAUGGUUGGAAACCAGAUCCACUGUGUGCUGACAUUACCUGUGAAGCUCCAAGCAUCCCAAAUGCACAGAUUGUGAGUCCUGAACGCACUAACUACGAUGUCAAUACAAGAAUACAAUACAAAUGUCAUCCAGGAUUCGAGCCCGAGCGACUCAUAGAAAUCACCUGUAAUUCUGCAGGCACAUGGAUAAACAAACAGAACUGCGUUGUAAAGGAAGGUUCUUGCACAACACCAGUCUUGGAAAACGGGUACAUAGACAGAGAUCCCCCUACAGAGGACACUAUCUUUUAUUCAUGCAACACGGGUUAUAAACCAUUAACUGGGAAAUGGUGGGGAGCAUUAACAUGCGUCAAUGGCCGUUGGUUAAAUCAGACGCGAUGUAUCCAGGAUAAGGAAUGUGGUGCUUUGCCAAUUGUUCAACACGGCCGUCUAAAUGAAACAAACGCUGGACGAUCUGCAGAAAUCAUUUGUGAUCCAGGAUACAAAUCAUCAAACAAAUUAAUCAAAUGUGAAAACGGUAUAUGGGAGACACCAACCUGUAAAGUGGAUGAGGAGGGAUGUGUCAGUCCUGAAAGAGUGGAAAACGCUGUGAUCACCUCUAAACCUCAAGAACGGUAUUCACCUACAUCUCAUGUGACCUACAAAUGUCACAGACAUUUCACAAUAAACGGGAAUAGCAACGUUUUUUGCCGCAAUUCAACUUGGGACAAAGCACCCAUAUGUGAAGGCAGCAUUUGUCCUCCACCACCUGAAAUUGAAAAUGGAGAUUUUAUCACUAAGGAUAUGACCGGUGAGGUCAUCAUGGAGGUAACAUACUCUUGCCAAUCUUACUAUGUGCUGAAUGAACAGAGAAAACAUUACAGGUGUAGAGAUGGGAGAUGGGAAACCCCUCCAAAAUGUCUGAAGCCAUGCAAACUUACACCUGAGAUUUAUACUGAUUCCAAUAUACAACCCAUCAGAGAUAACUACGUGAAGCACAGUGAUCGAGAGAUUUCAUUUAAAUGUAAUGAGGGAUGGAAUUCUGGAGGUGUCAGAAAAUCAGAUUAUGCAAAGGGAACAUGCUCUGAAGGGAACAUAAAUAUACAUAAGAAAUCGGUCUGUUCACAGCCUCUUCUGACAGUAAGCAAUUCCAAAUUCAUGUUAACCAAAGAUGAGAGAAAAUAUUCACAUGGAGACACAGUACGCUAUGAGUGUGAUGAUGGCUAUGCAUCAAUGGGAGAGACCAUCUCUAAGUGUCAGGAUGGGAGAUUGGAGACGCCUCCAGAGGGUCCGAAGAAAACAUGCACAGUACCUGACAUACCACAUGGGACUGUUGAGUUACUCAAAGUGUACAAGAAAGAUGACACGCUAGAAUACAAAUGUGAUAGGGGAUACAAACCCAGACAGGGAACACCAAGAUGCACAGAGAAUGGCUGGAGUCUAAAGCCGGAGUGUGAAGAAAUAACCUGUGAACUCAAGGAAAUAAAAUAUGGAAUAAAAGCAAUUGAACCCGAGGGAAAAACUUUCUUUCGAGCUGGAGAAACUGUGCAAAUUAUCUGCUCUGAAAGAUUCAGGAUAUUCUGGACAAAAGAAAGCACACAAACAUUUAAAUGUCAGAAUGAUGGGCAAUGGGACAACAAUCCUACUUGUGAGGAGAUUAGAUGUGUAAUUCCACGUGACAGUCGUCUUUAUUCUGCAAGUUACUAUUUCUACGGCAAUAUGAAAUUGGAUGUGACAAGAUCUUACAGGUGUUUGUCUGAAUAUCGUCAAAUGGCAGCCGAGGCCACAUGUACAAGAGAUGGUUGGAAACCAGAUCCACUGUGUGCUGACAAUACCUGUGAAGCACCAAACAUCCCAAAUGCACAGAUUGUGAGUCGUAAACGCACUAACUACGAUGUCAAUACAAGAAUACAAUACAAAUGUCAUCCAGGAUUUGAACCCGAGCGACUCAUAGAAAUCACCUGUAAUUCUGCAGGCACAUGGAUAAACAAACAGAACUGCGUUGAAAAGGAAGGUUCUUGCACAACACCAAUCUUGGAAAAUGGGUACAUAGACAGAGAUCCCUCUACAGAGGACACUAUCUUUUAUUCAUGCAACACGGGUUAUAAACCAUUAACUGGGAAAUGGUGGGGAGCAGCAACAUGCAUCAAUGGCCGUUGGUCAAAUGAGCCGAGAUGUAUCCUGGAUGAAGAGGGUUGUGUCAGUCCUCCAAAAGUUGAAAACGCAGUCAUCAUCUCUAAACCUCAAGAAUGGUAUUCAUAUGGAUCCCAUGUAAUCUACAGAUGUCAAACACAUUUCACAAUAAAGGGGAAUAGCAGAGUUUCUUGCCACAAAACAGCUUGGGACGAAGCACCAAAGUGUGAAGAGAGAUCACCAACUGUUUGUUUAAAGCCUCUUCUGACGGUAAACAAUUGCAAACUUAUUGAUGAAACACAAGAUGAGAGGAAAUAUUCUCACAGAGACACAGUACGCUAUGAGUGUGAUGAUGGCUAUGAAUCUAUAGGAGAGACCAUCGCUAAGUGUGAUGGACAAACUUGGAUUUACCCAGAAUGCAUUCGAAAAGCUCAGUGUACCAAACCAACAAAGAACUUGCAGUAUGUGACCCUGUUAGAUGAGAAAAAUCUAUUCAACAACUUUGAAACUUUGAGAUACAAGUGCAAUAAACCAUAUGACAAAAUUCCAGGAGGAUCUUUGACUUGUAGAGAUGAAAAAUGGAAUGGAACGAUUGGCUGCACAAGCAGCAUUUGUCCUCCACCACCUGAAAUUGAAGAUGGAGAUUUUAUCACUAAGGAUAUGACCGGUGAGGUCAUCAUGGAGGUACAAUACUCUUGCCAAUACUACUAUGUGCUGAAUGAACAGAGAAAACAUUACAGGUGUAGAGAUGGGAGAUGGGACACCCCUCCAAAAUGUCUGAAGCCAUGCAAACUAACACCUGAGAUUUAUACUGAUUACAAUAUACAACCCAUCAGAGUUAACUACGUGAAGCACAGUGAUGGAGAGAUUUCAUUUAAAUGUAAUAAGGGAUGGAAUGCUGGAGAUUGGAAAAGAUCAGAUUAUGUGAAGGGAACAUGCUCUGAUGGGAAGAUAAAUAUACAUAAAAAAUGUAAUGAAGAAAAUUGGACAGGCUAAGGUGAACACUGAGACCUGAAGAUUUGUGAUGUAACCAAAGCAUGAAGAUGGACAGACACACAGAGACGAGAACACAUAAAUGCAUCUAUGUUGCUGCAAUCUACAAGUUUAUCAAACAGCUUCAUGGUUUAAAUAAUCUUAAAUAAUAUAAAAUUCUCUCUUCAGAAUAAAGAUUCACAUUCAAAUUGU